AUGGCCGCUGGAGACUUUUAUGCGAGCCAGUUAGCUCUCAUCAAGUCUGCUCGGUCUCUGGAGUCUGAUUCCCGCCCAUUCGACGACAAGAUCAAAGAUGUAUGGCGACUACUUACGGCCGCGAAGGGAGGCAAAUCAUGCGCUGCCGAGGAAACAAUAUUACGAUGGCUUCUUAAGCAUAUGGACGGAAACACUGAUAUUGCAGAACAAAUCCGAAGAUACCCUCUGACAUGGACCACAAUUGGCUGUUUGUUUGAGAGAAUCUCCUUGUUCUCCCUAUCCCGAAUUUUCCUCGAGCGAAAGUUUGUCAUUGUACUGCAGCAGAGUGCGAAGGAUAUCUCAAACCCCGCAGCCGAUGAUGCAUCGAAAGCGACCAAGCCCAAGAAGAGGAAGCGAGACCAGCCCAUCACGUUUGAUAUCGAUUCUCUAAGAGCACCAGAGACCUUGAUCUCUUCCGCAUCGGAGUUAUUCGGAGCCCUUGGAAUGCUUCUUAGGCGCGUCGAUGCUACGUCGAUCCAGGAUUCUGAAGAUAUUCGCAUCGGCGCUGAACAUGUCAAGUCUCUCUUCCGCAUGCCAGUUGAAGACGUCAAGGAUUUGAUUGCCCCAUUGGUGUGGAUUUGCGCCCGGUCAAUGAGCCUUCUACCACUCCACGGCGGUCUCCAUGAGCAGCAAGAGCAGUGGCCAAAGAUUCUCAUUGCUCUCUGGAAUCUCCAUCUAGGCAGCAUGGAAGACGCCCGCAUCUUUGCUACUCAUUUAUACUACCCUUGCUGCACCAUUAUCGAUCAGCUUUCCAGCGGAAACCAAGUGCAGGGCCAUCUCGACAGAAAACAAUCUUGGAAGCGCCAAUUCGAGCAGUUCAUCUUGAAGAAUCUCAUCAAUCCAGCGAGGAAUUCCUUCGCCAAUGGUCUCGGCCUCGGCCUUUUGGACAUUGCGAACGCUACAGCCUCAAAGGAGCCCGCACUAUGCAUCCGGGUCUUGUGGCGUCUGGCUGCCCAGAAACAACACGAUGUUGAUGAUCCUACGUCGAAGCGGGCGCGUCAAGCCUGGGCGCAGGCCGUGUUCAAGCUCUUGCUUGCGUUCGCCGAGGAACACAAAGUCGCCGAAUCUGUCACUGCCAAACUGCUGAGCGAGGCAAGAUUUUACGGCUGCUCACCAGAACUAGAGACAUUGACGUACCUUACGAAAAGUUAUUGUUUCCAAAGCUCGGAAACGGACUGGGACGUUCUCGCCGAUGUUAUUUCCUGCGAUGCCGAUGUCUUCUUACUGAAUGAGGAAUUACUCAAUACACUGCUCGGUCGCAUAACCUCGUCCACAAAAGGCGACAAACUUGAUCUUCAAAUUAUUGUUGAGAACGUUGUGAAUUCUCUCAUGGAAGCGUUCGCCAAAGCCCGUGAUCUGACUGGGUUUACCAAGAGAUGGCAUGCCGAGCUUUGCCAAAUGCUUGACCAGAAAACAUCAUUGGAGAGCACACCAUGGAUUGACCGCAGGAUCUGUGAGCGAUUCGCAGGACUGAUGCAAGGAGCUCUCUCGACUCAACAAGCUUCUGCGCUGGUAGACUGGUUGCAAAUGCAAGACGAUAAAGGAGCUCAUCUGGUCAUUCUCGACGCUAUUGGCCAGGGAGCCAAGGAUGAAGCCUAUAUCUCUGCCCUCAGUUCCAAGCUACUCAACACAGUUCUACAAAAGGUGGAUACAGCGGGCCGACCCCCGUUCCUGCUGUCCAUCAAGUGGCGGAUAACAAAGACGACUGCAUCAUGGGUCUCGGCGGCUGAGACUCACACUAUUUGGAAGCAUACAAAGACCACCAUGUCCAAGGUGCUUUCCAGCCAACCCCUAUCAGAGACUGCAACAUUUGAGGCUUUUGAUUGUUGCUCGCAAUUAUGUUCGGUCAACUAUCCUAUGGGUCAAGACUUGAGUGAUGCCGUAACAAUGGCGAGCGCUUUCCUGAAGCGAAUCAUUGCCGAGGUUAAACUUGGUCAUAUUGACACAAAUUAUCUCGAGCUCGUAUUCAGUAAACUCCCGCCUCUAAGCAGUGCUCCCAAUGGAGAUGAGCAGAUCGGCAAGCUACUUGGAGAACUACACACUCUCCUGCAGCCCCAAGCUGUUCAACCUGGGUUUUCGAACAGAAUCGCUCAUAAAGACGUGAUUGCAGACGAUGAGGGAUUGGUGGACUCCAUGAUUGAGCCCCUUAUCGCGGAGCUGGAGGCUUCUGGUUCUCCGGCUUGGACAGCUGCCCCUGUCGAAUCACCUAUCACAAGACUUCUUGAAUUCGCACCGGAUGCGUUCGCGAAAGACCGGCGAAAGAGGAUCAUGUCUUCUUGGAAGAAAUGGGAGUCGGACAUCAACGCGCAUGCGGCAAAGCAUGUCGAAUCCUACAAACUCAUCUUGCGAUUACUCAUCUUGGUCAUGUCGCAGCCAACGUUUUACGAUGGCAUGGAUUUAGAUGACAUUCGCAAUCUCCCAUUAGUUUCUACUUCUGGAGCACUUCUUUACGUGGACAAACUAGCUCAGCUUGUCAUCAGUCAAGUCAUUGGAAACCCCGAGGCAUCGCCAAGUUACUUCAAGCAGAUUGUCCAGUUCGUCGCAGAAUCGACCGUGGAUGAGGAGAGCGACUCCACCAUACCUUUGAUUCUACUGAAGAGCAUUUUGGCCGCCCUCAAGAGAUCACCACCCAAGGCGAAACAGACCCUAAAGCAGGAUGACGUUGUCAACAAACUUCGAGGACUUGUGUCGCAUAGUAUCUCCGAGUUUUCCUCGAAGCUCAAGAAGCCGGGUAAACUGGCCAAGGACGAGGACAGCCUGGUACGACUUGACUUGACCCUACGCGCGGCAGCUGACUUGGGAGACUCUUUGUCUGCAAAUCCCAUCAAAUUAUCAUCAAAAGUAGCUUCCAGACUUCAGGAUGCUGGCGAAAUCCUCACUUCUCAAGGCAUUCCUGUGGGCUGGAAGCUGCAGACAUUCUUAGCACUCAACCAACACGACUCAAGCUCUGCUGCCCUUCUGAAACAGAUGAGCCAGGACUAUGCAGUCAGCCCGGAUAACCAAUCCAUUGGGGAAUUUGUCGUUGCUGUGACUAGGACACUAGAUGCGCCCGCGAAACUGGGACUCUUGCACGCAGCACUCAAGAGUACCAGUACAUGGAAAAGUUCCAAUGUUCCCUACAUGAUCGUGGCAAGGAUUAUCGAAACUAUUCAAGUGUCGGAAUCUCCUUCCAUCAUCGUUGACGGCGACAAAAACUUUGAUCUGGCAUCCGUCCAGGUCAUCUUGGUUCAAUCUUUGGCUGACAAGAACCACUCGUUGGAACGAUUCAGAUACAUUGCACAAGUUAUUGAACAGCUACUUGACAAGCACUCAAGCUCAAUGACUCAAAUAAACAUUGAGCUGACACUGGCUGCUGUUUCCGCUGUAUGCUCUGUCAAUUCGGCCAGUUUCCGCAACGGAAAUGAAAAGGACGAUGAUACAGUUGCCGAUGUAGCGGAGAGAACGUUCGAUAUCCUCUGCCGCUUGACAGCAACCAUUGUCAAGCGCCAUAGACUUCGGUUGGAGGGCCACCACCAUCUACUUGUGUCGGCACUUCAAGAUCUCCUCCGUGUACUACUUGCCAAACCUGCCGACUCCAACCAGAGCAGCAGCAGUUUCCUCUUCCCACCAUGGCUGGAUACUCGCCUUAGAGCACAGCACGGCACAAAGUUUGCGCGCCUUCUCACUCUGAUCUGCGAACCAAGCGCCGCAUCUGUUGCCCGUGGUAAGAAUAACAGCCUUGACUCUGUCACUGAUGCAGUGAAACGUUCGGCAGGACAGCACAUGUUCUGGAUCUUGGCUCUCUACAUCAAACUCCAGCUCGAGGGCGACGUUUCGAGGGACAUGCGAAAGGAGCUCACCACAGGAAUAUACUCUAUCUUGAGCAUUACACCAGAAGCCAGUAGGAGGAUUCUGAGCGAAGCCAUGGACGAGAGUGGAAGAGCAAUUUUCCGAACCAUUUUUACGGAGUGGAAAAAGUUUGGAAAGUGGACUGGUGUAUAA